AUGUGCUGGGGCGGAGGAGCUGCAGGCUUACUAAGGGUCAAUGAUUUGAAGACUGGUACGCUGAUAGGAAUUGACAAAUAUGGAAACAAAUACUAUGAAGACAAAAGAAACUUCUUUGGUCGACACAGAUGGGUCAUCUAUACUAAUGAAAUGAAUGGCAAAAAUACGUUUUGGGAAGUUGAUGGAAGUAUGGUGCCCCCUGAAUGGCAUCGCUGGCUUCACUCAAUGACGGAUGACCCUCCAACUACUCAUCCACCAGUUGCUCGUAAAUUUAUCUGGGAGAACCAUAAAUUCAAUCUGAGUGGUACUCCUGGACAGUACGUACCUUACUCUACUACUCGCAAGAAGAUACAAGAGUGGAUCCCACCUACAACAGCUAGCAAAUAACAACACAAAAAAAAGUGACUUGCCUCAACUUUGGCUUUCAGCAUAAAUUGUAUUUUCACUGAUUUUGUUCAAAAUAAAAGCCUCCUAUAACAGCUG